CUUUGAGUGAACGUGUGAACUUAGAUGGCAAAAAGAAGGCAGAAUUUGUAAAGAUGAUUCAUGAAAAGGCACGACUGAACAUUGAACGAAGGACUAAACAAUAUGUCCAUCAAGCCAACAAGGGGCGCAAGAAGGUAGUGUUUGAACUAGGAGAUUGGGUUUGGUUGCACUUAAGGAAGGAACGAUUUCCAGAGAAACGGCGUUCAAAACUCCUACCUCGUGGUGAUGGACCAUUUCAAGGAGUGGAACGCAUCAAUGAUAAUGCUUACAAGCUUGACUUACCAGGUGAGUAUGGUGUUAGUGCAAGCUUUAAUGUUGCUGAUUUGUCUCCUUUUGAAAUAGGUGAUGAUUUGAGGACAAAUCCUUCUCAAGAGGGGGAGAAUGAUGCUAACCAAGGAAAUGAUGCAAACCAAGGAGCUGCUGGACAUGCUAAUCAUGAACAUGGGAAUGGAGUUAAAUUUGCACAAGACCAUUUGUCACUUCCUAGUGGCCCAAUUACAAGACUUAGAGCCAAGCAUUUCAAGGAAGCACUAAAUGGGCUAAUCCAAGAGAAUUGGGCUGAUUCUAAAAAGACCAAAAUGGGUUCAAAUAAUAAUCAAGGCUUAGUCCAUGUCAUCAAAGCCAUUGAAGAGACUAAUUAGCAUACUAAUUGGUCAGCAUGGUUUGAACAUUAAAGGGCAUGAAUCUGUUGAAUUUCAAAAGAUAUUAGGUGGGGGAAUAAUAAUGGCAUUGGUUGGUUAUGUUAAAUACAUUGAAUUUAGUCAUCUAGAUAAUUUUGGCAGCCUUAAGAAGUCCAAAAGGCUAAAAAAACGUUGGACUUGUUUGUAUUAAUGUUUGUGUUGCUUUUAUAGCUAUAGUUUUGACUUUUUCUAUUCUUGGAGGGUUGUUCCAAGUAUAAAAAGGGGGUACUACGAAUUGUAAGGGCAUAUUAUGUUUUCAGAAA